CCUCUUCUUUCGUUUCCUCCCUCUCUUUCUUCGCCUCUUGUACUCCUCAGCCUUACAGCCGCCGCCUCUCAAUCUCUCGUCCCUUCUCAUCACUCCCCUUUAAACUCCAUUGAAGAUUGUUGCCCAAGCUUCCACAAAAAUCUCUCAAGGGCACCUAACAUCAUCUUCUUCACUAGUUAGCCGCCUCUUCUUCGCACAGCAACUGUCUGCAACUGAACAUUCGCAGCAGCUGCAAGCGCAACAGCUCCGCCAAUGAAGAGUAAAAAGGGAAGUAAGAAGCGUGCAGCAGCACCGGAUCCAGAUCUUCCAACUGUUAAAGACAUCGUUGAACUUGGUAAUGGAGAGGCUGCAGACGGAGUCCUUGUUGAGGAUGAUUUGAAUGAACCAACCAUGGGAGAAAAACUUGAAAGUUUAAAUUUAUUAGAUAAUGAUGGACUACAGAGCCAAGAUAAAGAAGACUCUUCUCUCAAUGCAAAGCCUCCAAGUGCAGACUCUGUUCAUAUUUUACUUAAACAAGCACUACAUGCCGAAGACCGUGCCCUUCUAUUAGAUUGCUUAUACACCCAAGAUGAGAAGGUCAUUGCAAAGUCUAUCUCACUAUUGAAUCCAUCUGGUGUUUUGAAGCUCUUACAAUCUCUCAUUUCUAUUAUUCAGUCGAGGGGUGCAAUUUUGGCAUGUGCACUUCCAUGGUUGAGAAGUCUACUUCUUCAACAUGCAAGUGGUAUAGUGUCCCAAGAAUCUUCUUUAAGUGCCUUGAACUCCUUGUAUCAGCUCAUUGAGUCCAGAGUUUCCACAUUUCAGUCAUCUCUUCAACUAUCAAGUGUCUUAGACUUACUUUAUACAGGGGUACUUGAUGAUGUGGAUGAGACUGGCACCACAAUUCCUGUUGUUUAUGAGGACAAUGAUGACAGUGAUGAAGAGGAAUCUGAGGAUGCCAUGGACACCGAUCAAGACGAUGAAGAUGAAGAGGAGUCAGAUGCAGCACUUGAUGGUGUUAGUGAUUUUGAAGGAAUUGAGGACAUAAGUGAUUGAUGCAAAAUUUGAGAUUCCUUCUGAUUGUGUUCAGAUGGGGCUGAUAAUGUUCCUAAUUUAUUAGUAAUUGUACCAAUCACAUGAGCAUUCAAUAUGAAAGAAAUUUUGUUGCA